UCUGCUGAGAGCAAACUGUUUUGUAACAUCUUCCUGUAAGCCAAUGACCAACCAAAAACAAAUAUUUUACUUUAGCAGAGCGGCUGAGCAGAGCGCCGGGAUUAACACGCCUCAACCAUCCAGGACAGAGUCUGAAUCCGAACCUGAACCUACAACCUGAAUCUGCACCUGAACCUGAGUCUGUAGCUCAAACGAUUUCUUCCUAAGGAACAUUCAUGACACACAGGAGAAAAUGAAAAUCUUCUAUGUAGUCGAACUUCUCCUGCUUCAGCUCUGCAGACAUGCUGUCCUGAGCAUUAUCACCCCUUCCUGUCCAUUUCCAUGCCAGUGUUUCUCUGCUACAACUGUCAUUUGCUCAGAUACAAAGAUGAAGACAUUGCCAGUGGAAAUUCCCAGCCAGGCAACAGCUCUGAUCGUGUUAGCAUCUGAUCUGAGACAGAUCAUCAGUCAAAAGCAUCUGGGAAACCUGACCAAGCUUGUAUUCCUAAAUAACCCGGUGAGAAACAUCUCUCAUGAUGCUUUCGAAGGUCUGGGAAACCUACAGGAGCUGGAGAUUAGUGGAAGUCCCUUUUUGUCCUUAGAAGCUGGGACCUUUAGCAAGUUGCACAAGCUGACCAAGCUGCUGCUCAACAGCAACAAGCUGAGAAUUAUAGCGCCAAGCAUUUUCGACUCCCUUGAGAAGCUUGAGGUGCUUCAACUGAGAGCAAACUUGCUCCAGGAUCUUCACAAGGCUCUGUUCCACACACUCUUCAACCUCCAAGAGCUCAAUCUGUCCUCUAACAACCUCUCCACAAUACACAUGGGGAAGCUAAAUAAGUUGAAAAAGCUGGAUUUGAGUUUGAACCAGAUCACUGAUUUGCCCAUGGACACCUUCCAUGGAAACCCUCAGCUGCAAACCCUGUCGCUGCAGGGAAAUCAGAUCUCCAAAGUAUCUCCAGGCAUUUUCAGCUAUCUGAACAACUUGGAGGAACUGAAUCUCCGAAAUAAUAAAAUAACAAUGCUGAGCAAUGGAUUAUUCCCUUCCUGUCUAAAGAAGCUCACGCUUAGGGGGAACUCCAUGGACCAUCUAAGUCCUAAAGCAUUUACAGAUCUUCACAACAUCACUCAUCUAGAUUUGUCUGAAAAUCUGCUGUCUUUUCUCCCUAUUAAACUUUUCCACAACCUUUCCUCCUUGACUCAUCUGGAUUUAUCAAAGAAUUUGCUUCAGGAAUUAGCAAGCACCACGUUCAGGGGGCUGUUUCAGAUAAAACUCAUCAAUCUGCAGGAGAACGAGCUGACCUCACUAGAAGCAGACCUUUUCACAAACCAGACAAGCAUGAUGCGCCUCAGCUUGGCCAGGAACCGACUAGAGAAUCUGCCAAACGACAUUUUCGAGCCUUUAGACUUCCAGUGUUUGUUGAAACUCCAUGGUAAUCCAUGGCGCUGCGAUUGUGAUCUGACCUAUUUUCACGACUGGUUGAGUUACUACAGCAGGACGGUCGAGGACCUGAGCCAGGUGUUCUGCACUAAUCCACAAAGUCUCCUGGGAAUGAGUCUGACCACCAUAAACAAGGAGCAGCUGGUCUGCAUGAACACAUCCAUUUCCAAGACACAAGCUGUCAGCUCCAACUCUGGGACACGGUGCAGUCUCCAGGAAGCCGACGGUGGUGUCGUUGUUAGGUGCAAGCUCAUGAAGUGUACAGAUUUAAAGCUUGAUAUGUAUCUUAACCAGGAAGAUGGAGAAGCUUUAAAAUAUACUAUAACAUUACCAUCGCUUGAAUUGUUUCAGUGCUCAAACGGGACAGUUGUCCUCACUGUUUAACUUCCAGGUUCUUCUUCUUUAUAGUAAUCCAGUAUACAGCAAUCAUUAUUAAUAUAACAGUAAUAAUAACAAAAAAAGAAGAAGAUAUAUUUGAAGAACAAGAAAAAAAGAUGUCCUGUCAUGUCUGAUGUCAUGUGGGAAAAUUUGUGGAACACCUGUUAUUCUGAUCUGUUUCUGGAAACUGGGAAGUGGCUGAGAAGUUCAAAACAGAAAACCGAAAACGAAUUAACAAAUCCAAAACAGAAAAGAAAAUCCAAAAACAAAACAACA